GCCGCUCACGGCGUGACCCGAGCCCGGAUCGGCCCCCUCGGGGAGGCGACGGCGGGGCUGCAGCGGCAGCGCCGGUGCCACCGAGCAGCAGCAGCGGCAGCAGCGGCAGCGGUGUGAGCAGCGGCAGCAGGAGCAGGAGCAGCCCCGCUCCCACCUGCCCGUGCCAGAGGCUGGAGCUGCGCCCGUGGCGGAGCCGCGUUUGGUGCCCGCGCCCCGGAGCCCCCGCGCCGCGGCCGUGCGGCGCCGCGUCCCGCUCGCCCAUGAGCGCCGCCGCUCUCUACAGCCUGGACUCCCCGGCAUGCUAUAAGAGCUGGUGCCUGGAGCCCGCCAACUUCUACGACGCCAAGGUGGGCAGCGGCGGCGGGCCGGGUCCCGCCUGCAAGCCGGGGGCCCGCGGCGGCUGCGGGAUGAACGGCGAGGAGGCGGGAGGCGGCCUGGGGGGCAGCGGCACCAACCUGGCGGAGCUGAGCGCCGCCGCCCCGGCCAUGUACGAGGACGAGAGCGCCAUCGACUUCAGCUCCUACAUUGACUCCAUGUCUGCCGUGCCCAACCUGGAGCUCUGCAACGACGAGCUCUUCGCCGACCUCUUCAACAGCAACCACAAGCCCGAGCGGGGCGGGGAAUACGGCGAGUACUUGCCACCGGGCGGCGGCGCCGGCCGCGACCCCGCCAAGGACCUCGGCGCUGCCAUGACCACCCUGCUGGGCUCCGAGCCCCGCACCGCCUCCUCCUCCUCCUCCUCCUCUUCCUCCUCCUCCUUCUCCUCCCGCGGCGCUCUGAAGCAGGAGCCGGACUGGAGCGACAGCGACCUCUCCUCCUCGCUGCUGCCCUCGCAAAUCGCCACCUGCGCCCAGACCAUCAUGAACCUGAGCGGGCAGCCCACGCCGCCCACGUCCCCCGAGCCGCCGGGCAGCAGCUCCCCCUCCAGCUGCAGCACCCGCUCGCCGGGCCCCGGGGCCGCCGCCGCCGCCGCCGCCGUGCCCGGGCCGGCGCAGGGCGUCCCGCAGCCCACUGCCGCCGCCGGCGGGGGCAAGGAGCGCGGCGGCAAGAAGUGCGUGGACAGGUUUAGCCCCGAGUACCGGCAGCGCCGGGAGCGCAACAACAUCGCCGUGCGCAAGAGCCGCGACAAGGCGAAGCGGCGCAACCAGGAGAUGCAGCAGAAGCUGCUGGAGCUUUCGGCCGAGAACGAGAAGCUGCACAAGAAGAUCGAGCAGCUCACCCGGGACUUGACCAGCCUCCGACACUUCUUCAAGCAGCUGCCCAGCGCUUCUUUCCUGCAGCCCGGCUCGGGCACCGACUGCCGGUAACCGGGGGGGAGCGGGACGGAGAGACGGACUCCGGGAGACGGUGGAUAAAUACCUCAGAGGGCCGUGCCGAGCCCUGCCGGGCCGUGCCGUGCCGUGC